AUGGCGAUUCGCGCCGGCAUUGUUCUGCUUUGCGAGCAGCUCAAAGCCUGCCAAAUGGAGAUCCAGCGUGAUCGCGCAAAGUUCGACUUUUCUCUCUUUUUCCUGCGACCACCCCGCAACUUGCCGGCACUGCCACGUCACGGUCCUCUCUUCUCUUCUCUUCCUUCCUUCUCACAUCCUCCCUCCUUCAUCUUCUUCAUUCGUCCAUGGUUUCAUUCACAUCGCAGCUUCAUCCACGACUGUGACCCUGAUAUCACUUUCUUCCUACUCCCACCAUAUCACGUCGACGACGUCCGACACGAGGUUUGUCGUACUCGCCCCGACGCUUUGAUUGCGUCGACGGCUACAUCAGCAUCGAGCGAGCUCAUUGUCGCAGCCGGCAAGCUCGUGCUCGACCCGGCGAGCCCAACUCGCGCGACCUGCCCGACGCCACCACCCUGCGACGGUCGCCGUAACACGUGGCCGCAAUCUCGUCGACGUCGAGAUCAUUUCGCGCUCCUUCCUGAGCCCUCCGUCCUAUGCGACCUCGGCGUUUUGCUCUCACUCAACGACGAGAACGCACUCAUUCGAGACGGCGGCAUGCCAACGACUGACCUUCUUUGCAGACGUGUCGAGCGCCGCGCCACUGUGCUCAUCGACACACAAACCGACGUCGGCGCAUAUUUGCCUGACACGUAUGACUCGAGGAAUGAUGUCGGCACGCUCUCCCUUCCUCCCACCACCAUCCUAGACGACCUCCCGCUCGUCACCAUCGCCGCCGUGCCGCUCAUGCGCCCUACACGCGACUCUCAAGCCGGGGAGAUCACGCUCGACACAGCGGCGAGGCCAACGAUCCCAGGGACGGCUAUUGCCGCCCUUCUUGUGAUGCCAGAACCGCCGGAUGCGCGCACGGACCCCCUCGACGAAUUGAUCCUCGUGAAUGAGGCAUUCAACCUCUCGCAGACAACAGCCGAGGGGAACCCUGUCGAUUGCCAAGCUGACCACCCUCCAAGCAAUUUCCUCUCCCCCCCCAGACCUUUGAAACGAGCGACUUUUGCUGAGCCCAAACCGCCGGAGGCAUGCGCGCGCUCCCUCGGCGAAGGACGCGGCAGGGGUGGGGGCCCCUUACCUCCUCGUUAUGAACAUUUUUCGCAGAUCCCAAACCGCCGGAGGCACGCGCGGGCUCCCUCGGCGAAGGAUGCGGCGGGGAUUUUUCUGACCCCCAAACCGCCGGAGGCCAGCGCGUGCACCCUCGGUGAAGGCUGUGAGAGGGGUGGAGCACCCCUACCCCUCGCGCGGGGCAAGGGAGAGGCGAUUUUGCAGACCCCAGACCGCCGGAGGCAUGCGCGCGCACCCUCGGCGAAGGAGGCGGGGCGGGUGGGGCACCUCUUGCCUCCUCACGACGGGCUCGGAAAGGCCGUGGGGCACCCCAAUCGUCGAGGGGAGCUCUUUGCUCAUCCUACGACGAGUGUGAAGCCACCAACAAAGCCUUCGCGUGCUGAUACACGCGAAGGAGAAGCUUUACACCUACGAAGGAGGCGCGUCAUGACCAGAUGACUGACCGACUCUUCAGCACUAGACGUUACGGCCCCUUUACGCCGACGUGCCGCCCUCCAUGAGUCUCGAGAACGUCAUGUUCGGCGAGAAGGACCCCCUCCCUUGCCCCUCCCUCCAUG